UGGUGGGCGCUGGGCCAGGCCCGCCCCCGAGCUGUUUUCCUGAGAGCCUCCCUGACGGCUAUUUUGGGCCUCGUGACAGUAGCUGACUAGUGGGAAGGUAUAAAAGCCCCGGUGGGGCCUCUGGGUUUGCCAGUCAGUCGGGGAGGGUUCUGCUCUGGACAGUGGCACAUCGGACAGAGGGUGGCACACUGUCCUUACCCUCAUCCCGACCGUCUGUCACCGGACACAGGGCUCCGACCGCUGGGCCCGCAUCCGCUGCCCCCAACUUCGUGGGGCUUCCCGAGCCCGGCACUGCUCCUGCGCAUCCCUGCUAUCCCCAGGGCCCCUCGGCCACAGGUGGCUGCUUCCCAGCCGUCGGCAGCCAUGAGGUCCCGGCUUCUGCUUUCUGUGGCCCGUCUGCCCACAAUCCGGGAGAGCUGGGAGGAGGUGCUGCCUGGGGGGCCCAGGCAGGACCCCCUGGCUUCCCCGAGCCUGGAUGACUACCGGAGGUCCAUUUGUCAGCUGGCGCAGCCCACCUCAGCGCUGACCGAGGCUGCAGCCAGGGCCCGGCCCAGCAGACGCCCCUGGCAAGCCCGGGCUGGCGAGCAGAGCGGCUCCCCCGGGUCCCUCCAGGACUUCACCACUCACUUCAGCGGCCUGCAGCCCCCAAACACUGCUGGCCCCCGGGGCUGGCUCUCCGGGCAGUCCCAGGAAAAGCAGCCACGAUGCAGGGACCUGCCAAGGAGGACGGCUCCCUCUGCGGACCCCUGGGGUCCUCACAGAGAGAUGGAGAGCAGCAAGGCUGUGGGGUGCCCCAGAGGGGAGCUCUAUGAUGCCAGGGCACCGGGGCGCUGUCCGGUGGGACCGUCAAGGGACUGGCACCAGGGCUCCCGCGCUUCCCGGCAACCCAUCCGGGCCGCAGCCUCCCCGCCAAGCUCGCGCCCCAGCAGCAUUCUCAGGACUCUCUAUUUGCACCUCCCGGUGAUCCAUGAACUCUGACCCCUCCCCAGUAAAGGCUUCUGUACAGAGCAAGCUGGCCGCGUCACCUCUCCACUUUGCCCGCCCCGCGGUGGGCACUGCCCCUGGCAGGCCUCGGAGGGAAUGAGGCUCUGAGGGCUGCCUGCUCUGGGGCCCUACACAUGUCAUGGGGCACAUGUUGAGCCCAUACACGUAGCUGCUGCCUGUGUGGGAAACAGGUUGGGGGCGAGGAGAAGCGAGAUCUCACCCCCCAGUGGUUCCUGAGCGAGGCCCUGGGCGCUCCCAAGUCAGCUCCUUGGCCCAGCUUCAGAGCCCAGGUUCCAUGAGCCCCAAGGAAAAACGUGUCUCAGCAAGUAGCCCCACUGUUUCAGGGGCGCUGUCACGGCGGCAUUGGGGGUACCUCAGUGGCUCCAGCUCACAAGUCCUGUUGUAUUAUCAGGAGAGCUUUCCCCAGACUGAGGGCCAGGACAGAACCUGCACCAGCUCAGCCUGGGAUGCCAGGUAACUGCACCAGCUGAUCCUGCCCCCACCCAUCCCUACCCCUGCCUGCCUCCACCCAGGGGACCUCAACUGUGGGGGGUGAAGUGCAGGGUGUUGUCUGGCUACCCUGUUCUCAGACAAGUCCAGGGGGCAGGGCUCACUCCUCAUAUCCUCAGGCCCAGGUCAGCCUGGCCAUUCCUGGGGCCCCAGAGACAGGCAAAACCCCGUUUCCUCGAGGCAUCGGGCAAGCAAGGUGAGGUGAAGACUAGGGGAGAGGAAGGAUUUCCCUCUCAGAGAGGCAGGUGAGGCAAAAGGAUCAGGCCUGAGAAACGGCCACCUGCUCCCUGGGCUGGCAGCGCUGGCUGGCCGGGCAGGGGCGGGGGCAGAGAGGAGAGAAGGACGAGCCCUCAGCCUGCUUCACCUCCCCCACCUCCUCGCUCUGUGGACCAUCACACGUUCUUUUCUUUCUUUCUUUAAAAACAAUUUGUUGUUGUUGUUAAUCCUCACCCGAGGAUAUUUUCCCACUGAUUUUUAGGGAGCGUGGAAGAGAGAGGGAAGACAGAGAGAAGCAUCGAUGUGUGAGAAACACAUUGAUUGGUUGCCUCCUGCAGGAGCCCUGACCAGGGCCCAGGCCUGGGAGGAGCCUGCAACGAGGCCCGAGAGCGGCCUCGAACCCGGGACCCUUUGGUCCACAGGGCGAGGCUCUAUCCACUGAGCUAAGCCAGCUGGGGCUCUUCCCUUUUUUAAAGCUCCUUUUAAAUUGGUUUGGACUUUUAAAUUUUUUUGUCUUCUUUUAUGCGUUCUGUGGGGCGGCAGAAUGUAAACCAUACAUUCAAAAGAGGAAGUUUCAGACCAGCAAUUUCUCAGGUUCCCCAUCUUUUC